CUGAGCUAAUGGGCCUCGAUGUUCAAUGCUUCAAUAUUUAUUAAAUAACAAUUAAAAAGGUGGUAUUUAUAUUACCAACUUUUUAAGGGUUUCUGAAUUUCACCAUCCAUUUCCAAGGGGAGAAAGAAUACACUGAAACUGUGAAACAGCAAGGAAGAAAGAUGGGAAAGUCGACGGCGACGACGAAAGAUGAUGCUCAAGCUCUUUUCCGCUCUCUGCAUUCUGCUUAUUCCGCUACUCCCACUAAUCUCAAGAUCAUAGAUCUAUACGUGGUGUUCGCCGUCUUCACCGCUCUGAUUCAGGUGGGUUAUAUGGCCAUUGUUGGCUCCUUUCCAUUCAACUCCUUUCUCUCGGGUGUACUCUCUUGUGUAGGAACAGCUGUUCUUGCAGUUUGUCUUCGGAUCCAAGUAAACAAAGAAAACAAGGAAUUCAAGGAUCUACCUCCUGAGCGUGCUUUUGCGGAUUUUGUUUUGUGCAAUUUGGUGUUGCAUUUGGUGAUCAUGAACUUUCUUGGAUAAAUUAGAUCCCAAGUUUAUUGCAUCAAAAGAUUAUAUAAAACUAAAUUUUCGAUAUUGAGGAUUAGUUGAAUAUCUUUAGGUUCUUUGCUACAUCAUGCUUGAUAUGUAUAACAUUCAAACCUUUUUUAUUUGCCAAAGAAAACUUUUAUCCCUUAAUGCUAAUUUACAAGAGUUUCAAAGUGUUUACAUGAAGAUAAUUUAGACUAUGAAGAAUCCUAUUACUUAAUGUAAUGAGUAGAUGGAUUCCAACAUCUUUCUCCUUUAUGAAAUAGUCAACUUUUGUAUUUACAGAUUUGAACCUAAUAUUUCCAAGAUUCAAAUUUGAC